GGACCGGGGAGCGCUGAGUUCCGGCAGCGUGGGCAUCAGCCAGGAAGCUGUCUCCUCUGUCCUCCCGGCGCGGAAAUGGUUGUCUUGGUUACCGGUGCUAACCGUCUCCCACCUGUGAUUCCUUGUUGAGGGGCUGCAACCCGAGCUGCCCUCUGGAGACACUUCUAGCUCCUCUAAGAGGCGACUGCUCGAGUCUUCAACGUGAUAACUGAAGCUUUCCAGGUAGCUCGAGGCUUCUCCGUUUUCGCAUUGGUGUAGGAAUCCUCUGAUGCUGCCAGAUUCGGGUUUUAUCCUUCGCGCAACACGUGUGGGCAGUGCCAGUCCCUCACCCUUUGUAAUCCAGAAAAUUGAAAUAGAAUUGGAAACGAAAAGUGACCCAUAAUAAUUUAAAAUGUCUCGAAAAGUUAGCAAGGCAUCAAAAAAACUGAACAUCUCUAGCUCCCUGGAAUCUGAAGAUAUUAGUUUAGAAACAACAAUUCCUACAGAUGAUAUUUCCUCAUCGGAAGAGCAGGAUGGCAAGAUCAAAAUCACCAGGCAGCUAAUUGAACGGAAAGAACUGCUUCAUAAUAUUCAGUUACUGAAAAUAGAGCUAUCACAGAAAAAUAUGAUGAUCGAUAAUUUGAAGGUUGAUUAUCUUACAAAGAUUGAAGAAUUGGAGGAGAAACUUAAUGAUGCACUUCACCAGAAGCAGCUACUAGCCCUGAGAUUAGACAACCAAUUGACUUUCCAACAAAAGGAUGCCAGAAAAUAUCAAGAACUAAUGAAACAAGAAAUGGAAACUAUUUUACUGAGACAGAAACAACUAGAAGAGACAAAUCUUCAGCUAAGAGAGAAAGCUGGAGAUAUUCGUCGAAACCUGCGUGACUUUGAGUUGACAGAAGAGCAAUAUAUGAAGCUAAAAAGUUUUCCUGAAGAUCAGCUUUCUAUUCCUGAAUAUGUAUCUAUUCGGUUCUAUGAACUAGUAAAUCCAUUAAGAAAGGAAAUCUCUGAACUACAAGUGAAAAAGAAUCACCUGGCAGAAGAAUUAAGUGCAAACAAAAGUCAAUUGAAACAACUGACUGAGACUUAUGAGGAAGAUCGCAGAAACUACUCUGAGCUUCAAAUUAGAUGUCAACGUUUGGCCUUAGAAUUAGCAGACACAAAACAGUUAAUUCAGCAAGGUGACUACCGUCAAGAGAACUAUGGUAAAGUUAAGAGUGAGCGUGAUGCAUUUGAACAGGAAGCAACUGACUUAAGGAGAAAAUAUGAAAUACUUGAAGCCUCUCACAUAACUCAAGCUAAAGAAAGAAAUGAAUUAUCAAAAGAGGUGGCCACCUUACGACAGACUGUGACUUUGCUGCAGAAGGAUAAAGAAUAUCUCAACCGCCAAAACACGGAGCUCAGUGUGCGCCAUGCCCACGAGGAGGAUCGUCUGGAAAGACUUCAAGCUCAACUUGAAGAAACCAAAAAGGCUAGGGAAGAGAUGUAUGAAAAAUAUGUAGCAUCCAGAGACCAUUAUAAAACAGAAUAUGAAAAUAAACUACGUGAUGAACUGGAACAGAUCAAAUUGAAAACUAAUCAAGAAAUCAAUCAACUCCGAAGUGCCUCUCGGGAAAUGUAUGAACGGGAAAACAGAAACCUCCGAGAAGCAAGGGAUAAUGCUGUGGCUGAAAAGGACCGAGCAGUGAUGGCUGAAAAGAAUGCUCUAGAAAAACAUGAUCAGCUCUUAGACAGGUACAGAGAACUACAACUUAGUACAGAAAGCAGAGUAACAGAAUUUCUCCAUCAAAGUAAAAUAAAAUCUUUUGAAAGCGAGCGUGCUCAACUUCUACAAGAGGAGACUGCAAGAAAUCUCACACAGUGUCAGUUGGAAUGUGAAAAAUACCAGAAAAAAUUGGAGGUUUUAACUAAAGAAUUUUAUAGUCUCCAAGCCUCUUCUGAAAAACGCAUUACUGAACUUCAAGCACAGAACUCUGAACAUAAGGCAAGGCUAGACACUUAUGAGAAACUGGAAAAAGAGCUUGAUGAAAUAAUAAUGCAAACUGCAGAAAUUGAAGAUGAAGUUGAAGCUGAAAGGAUUCUUUUUUCCUAUGGCUAUGGUGCUAAUGUUCCCACAACAGCCAAAAGACGACUAAAGCAAAGUGUCCACUUGGCAAGAAGAGUGCUUCAGUUACAAAAACAAAACUCGUUGGUUUUAAAAGACCUGGACCAUCAAAAGAACCAAGUAACACAGCUUUCACAAGAGCUUGACAGGGCCAAUUCUCUGUUAAACCAGACGCAACAACCUUACAGGUAUCUCAUUGAAUCAGUGCGUCAGAGAGAUUCUAAGAUUGAUUCUCUGAAGAAGUGUAUUACCGAACUCGAAAAAGAUGUCAGCAAUUUAAGUAAAGAAAAGUCAGCUUUGCAGCAAAUGAAGGAUCAAAUGGCAUUAGAUUUGGAACAACUUCUAAAUCAUCGUGAGGAAUUGGCAGCAAUGAAACAGAUUAUCACUCACAUGCGUAGUAAGCGUUCCGAGGACAACUUACUUUUCACUAAAAUGGAAUCCAAAAAUGUGACAGAAAAUCAGAAAUCAAAGACUUUGAAUGCACCUAAAGAACCUGAAGACAAUGUAUUUAUACCCAAACCAACACUGUUUACCAAGAAAGAAGCACCUGAGUGGUCUAAGAUACAAAAUAUGAAGACCUAGUGUUUUGGACAGAUUCCCGAAGUUCUUUCUCUGAUGAGCAGAAAGUUUAUCUUAAUCAUGUACUUGACAUUUUUUAAAUAGCUAAAGUUUAUUUUAACUGAACAUUAAAUUAACAAAUUUUAUCAUAAUAAUCAAAAUACAUAAAAUGUAAAUAUUUGG